GGAGAGGGUUUGAUGUUCUGAGGAGGUUGCCGGUCUAUUAAUUUGGGAAUAGAUGGAGAUGUGAUCAUUAGAAGAUGGAACAAAUGAAUCUUGUGGGUCUGAUUAUACAGAUCAGGGUGGGAUCCACUGAUAGGGAUCGGACUCGGUAGGGAACACUUGAUUUGUGAGUCACGAUCUGGGAGAGAAGUCCACUCAUCUGGGCGCUUCCCAUUCAUCAAAGUUUCUAAAAGUCAUCUGAUUGUCCCACCAACUGUGAGCUCCACCUGGAGUCGCAGCCAGGCUCGCCCCCUGAUUGGCUGCCUGUUAGCAUGUGACCAGCCCUCUCUGCACCGGGCAAUAUUUACCAGCUGAAGAAUGAAAGAAGUCCACAAGACAAGAUCAGGUGAAGCUCGGAGUGGCCGGGGAGGUCCCAGCAGUCUGAAGAUCCAGCGCUGCCCCAGCCAGGACUCCACCGGGAAAUGAAUACUUACCUGGAGUACACACCGUGUGGGGAUGUUGUAGCCUUCUCCCCCAAAUUCUGCAGAGAGGGGUCCCUGCAGCCCUAUCCCGGGAAUGGGGUGGACAGUCACUAUGCGGGCAGCCUACAGAUCGGUGUCCAUCAGGCUUCCCAUCAGUCCUCAGCACUGUACGCUCCGUGCAGCCUGGAUAUCCCUUAUGAACCGAGCGCACCUGCUGACUACAAUUACCUAUCAGUCAGUCCGGACUACGACUUUUCUUAUGGAUCUAUGGAGGAGCCUGGGGGCCACAUCCAAUACACCGGCCCCGUCUUCCCGGGGAACGGACCGUACUUCCUGAACGGGCAGCUCUCCUAUAAGACCUUUGGGGAGGACACUCAGGGGGGGCCAAGGAAGGAACAGCUGGACCUCCACCAUGGCAACUUCCAAAACUUCUCCCCUUCUCAAGGAUCCUACCCCAAACCCAACUCCCCAAUCUCCGAGACACACAGCACAGUCAACACUUUUGAUUGGAUGAAAGUUAAGCGGAACGCUCCUAAGAAAACUUCACCUUCUGAAUAUGGAGUGAGCAAUCCUCCCAGCACAAUGAGGACAAACUUCACCACCAAACAGCUUACAGAACUGGAGAAAGAAUUUCAUUUUAACAAAUACUUGACCAGAGCCAGGCGCAUAGAGAUUGCUAACUCCCUCCAGCUGAAUGACACUCAGGUGAAGAUCUGGUUCCAGAACAGAAGGAUGAAGCAGAAGAAAAGGGAGAGGGAAGGGAUCAUGCCCAGUCCCCCCAAUCCAGGGACUGUCACUGUGGACUUUCAGCAGAAAGCAGCCCAUAAGACUGAGCCCCUUUCCCCAUCCAAUGAGAUCCCCUCAUCCUAGAGACACCUACAGUCCCAACUUCAGGACAUCUGCUGCCUUUGCACUAUGCAAUGCUAUUGUACUUUUUUAUGGGUGGCUGAAUGAGAAUGAAAACUGUGCAUAUAUAGGGGAAAAUAGCCCAAAAAUUGCCUUCUCUUUGCAGUAUUCAGGGAAAGUAGCAUGCAACACAACGAAUCCUGGUUAGGAGCUUCUAUAAUCGUUUCUUUGUGUUGGUCUAUUGAGUUUACUUAAAGGGGCAUGCCAUGCAUGUACCCCACUAUGCAAGUACUGAUGCCCUACCACUUUGGAUGGCCAUAGAUGGGGUGAUUUUUUUUUCAUUCAAUAUGAUGAAGAUUAGACCUUUGUAAAAGAUUGCAAAGCCUUAACAACGUUCAAAAAAUGCAAACGAUUGUUGUUCGCAAUGGGCCCAUUUUUGUUUUUUUGUACUGAAAAGUUUACAUCCCAAUUAUGUUUGAUUUAUUGGUGUAGCUUAUUUUGCACAGCCACUUUAUAGCACCCUGUCUCUGCAAUCAUUCACAUUGAUAACAUCUGUGGUUGCCAAUCAUCUGGCGUUAAAAAAAAAAAAAAAACAUGUUAGUAAAUAAUUUUAAUAUCUGACAGUUUAUGGGUUUAUUUUUUGAUAAUUUUGUACACAAUCCUAUUAUUUAUCGCAACAUUUCUUUAAAAUUGUUCCAUGGAUGGCCAGGCUUACUUCAGUUUGGUGGCAUCCAUGUGUUCAACCAAAGAUGGAAUUGAAAUGCAUCAUGUUUUCUUAACUUUAUUUAAAAAUGUCAAUAUUAACAGUUUAUCGGUCGAUUUGUGAUUUAUUUUAUACACAAUCCAACCGUUAGAUACAUUUAUUUAAAGUUGGUUCAAAAUUGGUCCAUCGAUGGCCAGGCUUACUCCAGUUUGGUGGCAUCCAUGUGUUCAACCAAAGAUGGAAUUGUAAUGCAACAUGUUUUCUUAACACUAUUUAAAAAUAUCAAUAUCUGACAGUUUAUUGGUCAUUUUGUAACCCUUUUAUACACAAUCCAACUGUUAUUGCAACAUUUUUUCAAAACUGUUUCAAGAUAAUUUCAUGGAUGGCCAGACUUACUCCAGUUUGGUGACAUCCAUGUAUUUUAACCAAAGAUGGAAUUGUAAUGCAACAUGUUUUCUAAACAUUAUUUAAAAAUUUCCAUAUCCGACAGUUUAUUGGUCAUUUUGUGAUAAUUUUUUACACAAUCCAACCGCAAAAUUUCUUCCAAACCGGUUCAAAAUCAAUCCAUCAAUGGCCAGGCUUACUCCAGUUUUGGUGGCAUCCAUCUGUUCAACCAAAGAUGAAAUUGUAAUGCAACAUGUUUUCUUAACUUUAUUUAAAAUUUGCACUAUUGCCUUUAAAAUUGUUUUUCACUGUGAGUUAAAAUGCCCAGUGAGAUUGUAUUUGAUACCUCAGAUAUUAUUUGGCCACAUGGCUUGGUUUAUAAUGUAAUUGCUGUGUAUAUAUAUUUUUAAAUAA